AUCGUCGCAUUCUACGAUCCCACCAUUUCUGAAGCCGAUUUCGAAGGCCGAAGACUCGACCAAAUCCUCGCCUUCAACGACAACGAACUAGAGUACCACCACGACUUCAUUCAAUACCUCUUCCCCUUACCAGAGCGCUCUCCGGUCAACCCUCACGCCCCCACAAUCACCAAAGACGUGCGCGACGCCUUCCUCUCCCGUCCAGACCUACGCCAGCAACUCACCCGCUCUCUCCAACGCAUGCUCGAAUUCUACGGCUUCACUACAUCCCCACAAUCACAGCAUACCGACACAAUCUCCAUCGUCCGCGGCGCGAACUUCCAAGGCGCAUCGAAAGCCACCUGGCGCACGCGAAUGGACCACAAUCACCUCCGCAUCUCCCGCAUCCUGCGCUCUUUGCGCGUGCUCGGACUGGACGCUGAGGCGAAGGCGUUUUACGAUGCUCUCUUGGAGAAUGAUCGGGAUGGGAGCGUGAGUCAGCGGUCGAAGCUUUAUUGGCAGCGGGCGGUGGAGAGGGGGUUGCAUUUGGCGCCGCAGGAU